CUGGUUGCACCUGAAGUAGAACGCACUGCUAUGAUUUGUGUUACCACAGUGUCUGUGAACACGGGUUAUAGGAUCCUCAGAAGCUUGAGCCUUCAGAAGUUGAUGGUGGGGCACAAUCGCCUGCAGAGCCUUCCACCUCUUCCAGAACACAUUCCACUGGAGGUGCUGGACCUUCAGCACAACCUGUUGACUAAACUCCCGGAGAUGCUCUUUGUCAAGGCUCUGAACCUCAGGUACCUGAAUGCAUCUGCAAACAGCCUGGAGUCCUUGCCCUCUGCAUGUACAAGGGAGGAGAGUCUGAGCAUGCUGCAGCUGCUUUACUUGACCAAUAAUAACCUCACAGAUCAAUGCAUCCCUGUCUUGGUGGAACACCCGAGCCUACGGAUCCUGCAUCUGGCAAACAACAACCUACACACUUUCCCUGCAAGCAAACUCGGUAAGCUGGAGCACUUGGAAGAGCUGAAUCUGAGUGGCAACAAACUGAAAACAAUUCCCACAACAGUGGCAAACUGCAAGCUACUUCAUACACUUAUUGCACACUCUAAUGAAAUCAGCAUCUUUCCAGAGAUCCUGCAUUUGCCUCGUAUUCAGUUUGUGGACUUGAGCUGCAAUGAGUUAACUGAAAUCCUAAUCCCUGAGGCACUGCCAGGUGCCUUGCAGGAGUUGGACCUGAGCGGAAACACAAAUUUGGUGCUAGAGCACAAGACACUGGACAUCUUCAGUCACAUUACCACACUGAAGAUUGAUGCUAAGUCCUCCCUCACAGCAGAUUCAGCACUCACUUCUACCUUCUGGAGUCACGGAGUAGCUGAGAUGGCAGGCCAAAGAAAUAAGCUGUGUGUGUCAUCCCUGGCACUGGGGAGCUUUGCAGAGGGGAUGGAGGCUGUGUAUGGCAUGUUUGAUGGUGACAAGAACGAGGAGCUGCCACGCUUGCUGCAGUGCACCAUGGCUGAUGUGCUCCUGGAGGAGGUACAGCAGUCAGACACCAUGUUCAUGUCCAACACCUUCUUGGUCUCCCACAGGAAGCUGGGCAUGGCUGGGCAGAAGCUGGGUUCCUCUGCUGUCCUUUGCUAUAUUCGUCAUGAUGUGGCUGAUCCAGCCAGCAACUUUUCUCUGACGGUGGCCAAUGUGGGGACGUGCCAAGCCAUUCUGUGCCGAAGUGGAAAACCACUGCCUCUCUGCAAAGUCUUUAGCCUUGAACAAUGUUCAGAAGAAGCCAAGAGAGUCAAGGAGCAAAAAGCCAUUAUAACAGAGGACAAUAAGGUCAAUGGUGUGACUUGCUGUACUCGGAUGCUGGGCUGCACAUACUUGCAUCCUUGGAUCCUGCCCAAACCACAUGUCAGUUCCAUUCCACUGACUGUACAAGAUGAGCUGCUACUUCUAGGCAACAAAGCUCUCUGGGAACAUCUUUCUUAUACAGAGGCUGUCUCAGCUGUGCGCCACCUACAUGACCCACUAGCUGCUGCAAAGAAACUCUGCACUUUAGCCCAAAGCUAUGGUUGCCAAGACAACGUAGGUGCAAUGGUGGUGUGUCUCAACAUCAGUGAGGACAGCUGCACAUGUGAGAUGCAUGGCCUCACUCUGCCAGGUCCUGGGGGAUUUAGUUCCACCACCACCAAGCCAGCAACACCUUCAUCUAGCAGUGGAAUUGCUUCAGAGUUCAGCAGUGAACUGUCUGCUUCUGAGGUUAGCAGUGAGGUGGGUUCUACUGCUUCAGAUGAACACAGUGCUGUUGGUCUUGAUGGCAGUUUGCUACCACGACAAGAGCGACGUUGCAGCUUACAUCCUGUGCCCCCCUCAAGCAUCUUUCAGCGCCAACCUUCCAGUGCCACCUUCUCUAGCAACCAGUCUGACAAUGGUCUGGAUAGCGAUGAUGAGCAGCCUGUGGAAGGUGUGAUGACAAAUGGCAGUAAAGUGGAGGUAGAGGUGGACAUCCACUGCUGUAAAGGAAAGGGCCUGGAGUUUGAACUUCCUGCUGCAGAGUACAGCUCCUCUGCUCUAGGGCCAGAGGAUGACUCUGGGCUUGUCCUCAUCAUUCGGAGACAGAACAGUGUAAACAGCAACACUGUGCAGAGAGGGGUCAAGGAAAAGUGUGAACUGCAAAAAUCUCUUUCCACAUGCUGUCUCUAUGGAAAGAAGCUUUCCAAUGGCUCCAUAGUGCCCUUGGAGGAGAGCCUCAACCUCAUCGAAGUAGCCACAGAGGCACCCAAGAAGAAGACAGGCUAUUUUGCUGCUCCAUCCCAGAUGGAGCCAGAGGAUCAAUUUGUGGUGCCGCCUGAUCUGGAGGAGGAAGUGAAGGAACAAAUGAAGCAGCACCAGGAGAAUGGAGCAGAUCAGGACAAGAAAGAGGAACAUGUAGCAGCUCUGCCAGAGGAGUUUGACACAGCUUUGUAACCCUACAAGUACUGCUCCCACAUUGUCUGUCCCAGGAAGCUCUGUCCCAUAAGGGCUGUCUUGCCCUCCAAGGGGAGCUGGGAUCUGCAAGGAGUACAGGCAUCUGCUGCUUCAUUAAUGGAGUCGAGGAAGAACUGGGAGUGCUAAGGUCUGGGCUGUCCACUUUUCACUGUAGAGUUUCAGUUGUUCUAUGGGCACUCAGACCAGCAGCUGAGCUCUUUGGUAGGGACUGUCUGGAAAUUGUGCAAGCACUAGGAAGAAGGCAGGUGUUCCAACACCUGCCUGUAACUCCUUGAACCCUGAGGUUCUGCCAGCUCUGCAGGAAAGGGGCUGGCAUAUGUGUGUGUGGGGAGAGGAGCCUGCUGAGGGGGCAAUGUUCAGUGUUUGGAGUCCUGUGAAUAUUUCUGAUGCAGCCCCCCCCCCCAGCACCUGACUUUGUUACUCCUUGAAAGAAUACAGCCAGUUGCAAUGAAGCUGACCCAAGAAUGGUUUCCUACAUUAAUUGCAAGCACUUUUAUUGAUUGCACUUGAGCUGUUCUGCUCCCCUUCAGCCCAGCACUUUAUUAUUUAGGGUUAGGGGAGAGAGCACGCCACAGCAGGUGUGGUGGGGGCUUUUCCCAAUGGAUAUUGUUAGGGCAGUGGAAGUCUCAGGGUACCAGUGUUCUGAUGAGCACUGGUGCAGGGUAGAGUGAGGGUUAUGAUCGGAUCAGCCUAUGCAGGAUGAGAAAAUACACAGCUGAGUGAUAAGCAGGUGCCUACUGAUGCAUUUUAGAUGGAGCAUAGGAAAGAUCAGCUCUGGACUUGUUGAUUAAGGGAAUGUGUAGAGCUAGUGCUUCUAGCUGCAGAGCACAGACCCGGCUCAGCAGCAGCUUGGCCACCUCCAUCAUGGAUGCUUCACAGUAGAGGCUUCCUGUAUCCAGGAGACAUGGGAUGAAACCCGGAGCUCACGCUUGUCUCAGUGAGGUACUCCAUCUAAGAGGAAACCAAGUUGUAAGCAGUGGUAUGCCACUCUAAGGCUAGUGAGCGGUGGGGCUGCCCUUCAUAUGCUGGGGAAGCGUUCAGUGCUCUGUUCCACCACCAUAAUAAACCUCUGCACUGUCAGCUACAGCAUCUUUGCUUGCCUCUGAAAACAGGAGUCAUAUUCCAAAUCCAUAGCAACCUGCAUUUCAUGGUACAUGCCCAAUUUGGCCACAAACAAGGUGAAAGCAUACGUGUUUCUGCUUAGCUUUCAAUGCAAAAGGAAAAAUAGAACUUUUCACCUUAAUAACAUCUUUAUCAGCACUGGAAAAGAUGUUUAAAACAGUCCCACUAGUGGUGAACUGGCCAGUCUGCACUCGGCAGAUGCAUUGUGUUUCCAUUAGGAUUUUUGGUGCAGGGUCUAAGUUGGCUGACUAUGUCAUCAUCUUGUGUAAGGGUUGUGAAAAGACCACUGCCCCUGUAGCAUGCAGAUCUGUCUUCCUUAGCUGGCAGAGAGCUGGACAGCAGCUGCCCCGCUCAAGUCAGUGGUGCAAUAAUCCUGACUGUAAUGUGGGCUAGUGCCUUUUCUUCUUUAUUAAUUAUAUUUAUGAAGAAAACUUGAAAGUUUCUUCUCAAGAGCUCUGAGGGGCUUGAGCUGUAUAUUUUUGGAUCAAAUUCAGGCCUUGCUCAGAAGAAAAUACUGUGCAGACUACUUGUGGGAUUCUGUCAAUAUAGAUCUUUUGAUAAAAUCUAAUGGAGUUUUACUGACAUUUCAAAGCACCUUGACUUUCUUCUCACUAGGAAAAAAAUCAUAGAAUCAUAGAAUAGUUUGGGUUGGAAGGGACCUCUA